AUGGAAGACGAUUUCGAAGUUGCAAGAGCAUUAUCCGUUUUUGUGGAAGGUCCUGAUCAUACAGCAAAUGUUCCUACAGUAAAAAAUCCAGAAGAUGUAAUUAUAGAAGUCGGACCAACAAAUAAGAUUGUUUAUAUAUCAGGUGUUUUAAAUGAAACUCCUUUACAACAAACAGUAUCUCAAUAG